AUGGCUUUCUUUCAACCACUGCCCAAGCCCAAGAGCAAACUCGGCCUCUACCGCCUCUUGUCGCCCAACGCAGGUGUUCACGUCUCUCCCCUCCAGCUCGGAGGCGGGAACAUCAGCGACCAAUGGAGCCAAAUUGGGAUGGGGGACAUGGACAAGGCGUCCAGCUUCAAGCUUCUUGAUGCUGAGUAUCCUUUCAUGACCAUCUCUCAGCCAGAACGAGAGCCCGGAGAAGAAUGGGCUGAAAAGCGCGGCAUCCGCGACCAGCUCUUCAUCGCCACCAAGUACGCGAGCAGUUUCAGGAAGCGCGAAGAUGUCGAGCAGCAGGUGUUCUACGCUGGCAACAGCGCCAAGGCACUGCACAUCUCGGUCGAAGCAUCGCUCAAGAAGUUACGAACGACGUACAUUGACUUGCUUUACAUUCACUUCUACGACCAUGUUACGACCGUGCAGGAACUCAUGAAGUCACUCCAUGCUCUCGUUCUCCAAGGGAAGGUGUUGUAUUUGGGUGUCUCCAAUGCACCCGCGUGGGUCGUCUCGAAAGCUAACCAGUACACGCGAGAUCACGCCUUGACGCCGUUCGUGGUCUAUCAAGGCGCUUGGAACGUCAUGGACCAUUCUGAAGUAUUCGCGGCAGGUAUGGCGCUGGCCCCGUGGAAUGUGCUCGCGGCUGGUAAAAUCAGAACUGACGCUGAGGAGGAAAGACGUCGCCAAACUGGAGAGAAGGGACGAACGAUUUUAGACCCGAACUGGGAGAGGAACGAGCAAGAGAAGAAAGUCUGCGCCGCUCUCGAGAAAGUCGCAGCCGAGGUCGGUGCUAAGCAUAUCAAUUCCGUUGCCAUCGCGUACUUGAUGCAGAAAACGACCUACGUCUUCCCAAUUCUCGGUGGUCGGAAGGUCGAACAUCUCCUCGCCAACCUCGAGUCUCUCGAAAUAUCCUUGAGUGAUGAGCAGAUAAAAUUCUUAGAGAGCAUCGUCGACUUUGAGCCCGGCUUCCCUCAUUCAAUAAUUGGUGAUGGCACCGAUGCCAAGGUGUUCAGGAUGUUUGCGAAUGUCGAAAAGAAGCCUGUAGCCUCCCCUCUUCAACCUUCUAGUGAUAAUUGA